AAUGUAAUCUCGCGAGUUAAAGAGGAUGUAAGUGUUUCUUCUUUUUCCGUGUGUGUCAAUAUUGGCUAACCAUUAUAUACAGAACUCAUCAGUCGUGUCGGACACAUCUGUGGAAGAGACAUCACACGGACAAACAAAGAUUGCCAUAAAAGCUAAACCAUGCUGUGGACAGAAGAACUAAGAAGUUUGGUCCUGACAGUUGAUGGCAUCACACUGAUCGCAGGUGUUCCUGCUAAUCUGCUGGCUCUCUACACCUUCAUUCAAAAGGUGAAGCAGCGAGCGACGCCCAUCGAUGUCCUCUUGCUCAGCCUCACCAUCUCGGACCUGAUCUUCCUGUUCUUUCUUCCAUUCCGCAUGAAAGAGGCGGCUGACAUGAAAUGGACCAUUAGCUACUUCCUGUGUCCGCUUUCAGGAUUCUUCUUCUACUCAUCAAUCUACAACAGCACCUUCCUUUUAACAGCUAUCAGCGUGGAGCGCUAUCUGGGAGUAGCCUUUCCGAUCAAGUACAAACUCAAGCGACAUCCUCGAUAUGCCGUGAUCGCCAGCAUCAUAUUCGCCAUUGUUUCCAUGGCGCAUUGCAGUAUCGUCUACAUCAUGCAGUACUACAGGCACACCAAUGACUCUCUCUCUGAUCCGUUCGAGAAGGAGGUCUGCUAUGAAGAGUUCAGCAAAGAGCAGUUGACCAUCCUUAUGCCCGUCCGUUUGGAAUUGUUCACCGUGCUGUUCUGCACCCCUUUUCUCAUCUGCUGCUUCUGCUACAUCAAAUUCAUCUACAUUCUCUCCCGCUUACCUAACAUCAAGCCUAAAAAGCGCUCCAGGGCCAUCGGACUUGCCCUAGCCACCCUCCUGGUCUUCAUCAUCUGCUUCGCGCCAUACAACAUAUCCCAUGUCGUAGGUUUUAUCGGAUGGUACAGUCCUGAAUGGAGAGUGUACGCACUGCUCACCAGCACCUUUAACGCCUGUUUGGACCCCCUGAUUUUUUAUUUCUCCUCUUCAGCACUCCGGGCGAAUUUAAAACAACUGUUACGAGGACCCACCAAACGGAGGCACACUUCCUGCUGCCGAUUUAUCAAAUGUCCACAGAUAAACUGUACUGCAACUGAAGAAAGCACACAGAGCUCCAAUGACACUACAACGUAGAACCGCAAAAUCUAGAACUGCAGAUAAAAACAAUUGUUCUAAGGGGUUUACAAUUAGAACCUUAGUAUUUUUUUUUUUAAAAAAGCAGUUGCUGAUAAACAACAGCAAAGAAAAUAUUUAGCUUUAAUGUUUAUUCUAUACAAUUAACAACAUAAAUGAUGUUCUAUAUAUUUAAUGAUAAUCAUAAAUCUAUUACACAAUUUACGACAUGGUGGCUCAGCUGAAAUUUUGCAAGCGUGGAACGUGGAAGCUCGCGUCCAUUCACAGAGACGUCUUUAAUUCUCAAUGGGUGGACUUCUGUAGCUAGAGAAUGUAAUGUCUACAGCGAUGUCUGGGAGAAGCUGAUAAUGACCAAGGGAUUGAACCACCAUUACAUUCAGCUCUGGCUUUGUCUUUUCUCUUACUCAUGUCGAUCCGAAGUUCAUCGAUAGAGAUCAAUCCAAUGAACCUGGUCUUUUCUGCAAUCACAGUAAGAUACUUUAAAUACCCAAACAGCAUGAUGGGAAAUGUGCCAUUUCUAUCAAAUGGUGUUCUCGGCAAACUCAACAGAAUGUAAUGAAUGGUGAAUGUACAAAUGUGAACGCCUAAUCUCUCUCAUAAUCGACAUUUUGAUGUGUCAAAACAAGGAAAUAGUUUGAAUUCAUAAGCUAUUAAUACAGGAUGAUUCAAAAUAAGGUAACACAACCUGCAUAUCCAAGUUUGGAUCAACAAUCCAGCGCCUCAACCACUUGAGCCAUCACAUCUCCCAUAAUGUGUUUCUGCGACACUAUUCCAGUGUUGUAAUGUUAUACAUGUGUAAAUGCUACACUAUUCAGUGUUGUAGUGUUCAGGGGCGGACUUAGUGAUUUGGGGGCCCUAAGUGAUUCCAGGUAUGGGAAUCUUGCGCAUGGUGCAGUACGAUAGGAACGUUCUACUAUUCAUGAAUCAUAGGGGGGCCCCGCAUUUGAAAAGAUGUAAUAAUAACAUUAAAAUCUUAAUGGUUAUAGACAGACCAUACAAUAUAUGAUAGAAAAGUAAUAAGUACUAUAUGAUUUAUAUAGGCUUCUUGGUAUUGGUCGGGGCCCCCUAAUUCCCCGGGGCCCUAAGCAGCUCCUUACCUCACUUAUUGGUUAAGUCCGCCCCUGGUAGUGUUAUACAUGUGUAAUUGCUACACUAUUCCAUUGUUGUAGUGUUAUACAUGUGUAAUUGCUGCACUAUUCCAUUGUUGUAGUGUUAUACAUGUGUAAUUGCUACACUAUUAUAGUGCUGUAGUGUUAUACAUGUCUAAUUGCUACACUAUUCCAUUGUUGUAGUGUUAUACAUGUGUAAUUGCUACACUAUUAUAGCACUGUAGUGUUAUACAUGUCUAAUUGCUACACUAUUCCAUUGUUGUAGUGUUAUACAUGUGUAAUUGCUGCACUAUUCCAUUGUUGUAGUGUUAUACAUGUGUAAUUGCUGCACUAUUCCAUUGUUGUAGUGUUAUACAUGUGUAAUUGCUGCACUAUUCCAUUGUUGUAGUGUUAUACAUGUGUAAUUGCUGCACUAUUCCAUUGUUGUAGUGUUAUACAUGUGUAAUUGCUACACUAUUAUAGUGCUGUAGUGUUAUACAUGUCUAAUUGCUACACUAUUCCAUUGUUGUAGUGUUAUACAUGUGUAAUUGCUGCACUAUUCCAUUGUUGUAGUGUUAUACAUGUGUAAUUGCUACACUUUUAUAGCACUGUAGUGUUAUACAUGUGUAAUUGCUACACUAUUCCAUUGUUGUAGUGUUAUACAUGUGUAAUUGCUGCACUAUUCCAUUGUUGUAGUGUUAUACAUGUGUAAUUGCUGCACUAUUCCAUUGUUGUAGUGUUAUACAUGUGUAAUUGCUGCACUAUUCCAUUGUUGUAGUGUUAUACAUGUGUAAUUGCUACACUAUUAUAGUGCUGUAGUGUUAUUCAUGUGUAAUUGCUGCACUAUUCCAUUGUUGUAGUGUUAUACAUGUGGGUUUGAUAGACUAUUACAGUAUUGUAGUGUCAUAAGUGUGUGUUAAGUGUUAAUUUGUUUUUUAUUCACCCUGUAUAUACUCAUGAAGAAAAGUCAUGAAUCUCAAGGCUGGAAAUCUAUUACUGGAGUAGAACGUCCAAAUAUUUUUUGUAUUUAUUGUUUUGAGGAAACAGUUUUUGCAUUUUAUACUAAAACCCCUGACCAGGAUGAAUGAAUGUAAUUGUAUUAUUUAAUAUAAAUAUAUAUCCCCUUUAUCGCAAAAUCAAUAUUGUAAUCUAGUGAUGUAAAAAAUAAUGACAUAUAUAUUUCUCUUUAAUUUAACCUUCAUUAUAUAAACGAAUGAAAAUGUUAUCUAAUGCAUUUAUAUAUCAUGAAACAUUUUAAUUAACAUGACCUGCUGAGAGCUUCCUUUAUUUGUUUCUUUAAUGGUGUUUUAUUUUUAAUUGAUAAAAAUAAUUAUUGUUAAGCUUUUUCUUGGUUGAAUUAUGGCGAUGAUGUAAUAACGGCACAGUCUAUGACCAGAAGGUUUAGAGUUCAAAUCAGAGCCAUGAGUAAGAACCUUCACUGAGAAUGUGCUGAAGUAAGGAUUUGUGACUCUGUACAUAAGGAAUGUAUUUUAAAAUGUAUUCUGUUAAUUACAACGGCUGUUAAUUAUAAAGAUGAUGUAUUUAUAUAUGAUCGAGGCUGUUGGGAAUAAAAAAAAUCUGGAAAAUGCAGAA